UUUCUGAUGGCAAAAUUAGAGGAGUUAAAUAUCAAUGUUGUUGGUAUUUACACUGCGACAACAACGAUUGUAACGGAGCCACGAUUAUCAAAUAAGUUAUUAAUCUCGAAAAAUGAAAAAAUGUUAUUAGGUGAUGGUUGUUAUGAUAAAAUUAUGCAAAAAAGAAUGCAUAUAAUUCUUUAUUAUAAGAAUAAAAGUGAUGAAAAUUCAAGAUGGCAUAUUGGGGGUUGGAUAAAGAAAACCCUAGGCAAUGCCUUGGUGGAUCACCCGAUUAUGGCCGGGCGAAUUCGACGAGACGAAAACGGAUGUUUAGAGAUUGUGGCUAAUGAUAGUGGUGUAAGGAUUGUUGAAGGUGAAAUUGCAUUGAGUUUGGUGGAGUUUUUUGAGUGCAAGAGGAAGAAUAAUGAAGUUGAAGGCAAGCUUGUUUCUUGGGUUGAUGUUGAAAUCAACCCUCAAUUUUCUCCGCUUUUUUAUGUUCAGGUGACCAACUUUAAAUGUGGUGGAUACUCCAUUGGUGUAAGUUGUAGUCUUUUCUUGGUCGAUCCUUUGUUCAUGGCCAACUUCCUCAAUAAAUGGGCAAAAAUUCAUAGAAACAUUGCCUAUGAAGGUGAAGUUCCAAAAAUACCCCUAUUUCCCAUACUUAAGACCAACAAUAUUUGGUGUUCCUUACCAUUCUCUACUACUAAGAAGACCUCUAAAACUAUACUUUUCAACAUUUUAAUGGAUGAAAAAUUCGAUUCGAGUGACACAAUUUUCAAGUAUUUCGUUUUGUUGUGUUUGAAUGAAGCAGAAAGUAAAUUUGAUUACAAAACAAGCACGAGUUUUACUUUAAUCACAAAGGAAUUAAAUGGUAAUAUUAAAAUUGAAAUUUUGUCUAAACAAACUCUUUUUAAAUCACCAAAAAACUUAAAGUAUAAGUGUACUUCGUCGAGUAUUGAAGAUUUGGGGAUGAAUGAAAUAGUAUUCCAUAAUGGAAAUGGACCUAUUGAUGCUUCACUUUGGAUUGAUUGUGAUGCUCUUGAAGGGACCCUUGUUGAGAUUUCAUACCUUUGUGGGAAGGAAUGUGGCAUGAAGGUCAAUGUCACUUUUCCUAUUACCUAG